AAACAAGUUAAUUAACAGUUUUUUUACUUCAAACUGUCAUUUUGAAUUGUUUAUUGUUUUCGAAACGUUUCGAAAUUCGCAUGAAUCAUCGAACGCCUGAGGCCAUCGUAAUCGAAAGUUACAGAAUAAGCACCUUAAUUCACAGUUUUUUUACUUCAAAAUGUCAUUUUGAAUUGUUUUUUGUUUUCGAAACGUUUUGAAGCAACGAGUUGAAGUUUCGAAAUUCGCAUGAAUCAUCGAACACCUGAGGUCAUCGAAAUCGCUUGGUACAGAAUAAGCACCUUAGACCUUUGAAAAGACACCAACAGAGUAUCAAAGCGACCACUACGAGCGCAACAGUGAGUUGAAGAAUGCGGCCAAAUAUUAAGUGUUCCAAGCAUUAUUUCUGUGUCUUUUCAAUUAAUUCCUCCUCCGUUUUUGCAAUAAAAUUGUUACAAUAGAUCCUACGUUUAAAGUUAGCCCAGAAAUUUUCGUUGGGCCGCAGCUAGGCUAUAGCAAGCAAAUUAAGGCGUAUUACUACUACGAUCGUGCUACAAAAAAAUCUCAAUGGGAACAUCCGAUUGAUGUGCUAUAUCGUGCAAAGGUGGCCGAUACCCGGAAAGCGAUUUCUUCAGAUUACAGCAACUUAAAUUCCCAUACAUAUAAAUUCCCAUUCAAACAGACUCCCUUGUAUCCCCUUCCUGGAAAUAGUGUACAAGAAUCAGAUUUAACCACCUCUUCUACACAAAAAAGCAUGGCAUUAAAUGAAAAAUACCAACAAAAUCAAGAACAACGCUUGGAGUUGGUAGAGGUUGUUGAAGUGGAUGAAAUUGAUUCGAACAAAGAAAAUGAUAGUCAAGAACCCUUUCCUUUGAAAACCGAAAAGAGAAUUUCAUCAAUUGAUGCAAUUAAACCAGCACGAGCGAAUGAUAGUGCUGUUUUGUCAAAAUUAUUGAGUAACAGUCUGAGUCCAUCUUUUCACGGUUUUACGAUAACUGGCUUAGGGUCUCAAUUUCUAAAAUCCAAUCAAAAAUCGGUGGUGAAAGAUCCAGAGCAAACCAAGCCGACCGAAUCGGAGGUGAAAGGAAUACUGAGAGAUUCAAAUUUUACUUAUGUUCGCGGUAAAACUACUUUUAGUGAAGAAUCUGGAUAUGAUGAGAAGAAAAGUGUUCGUUUUGAUUUUGAUCACAAAAUUGUACUCAAAUCUAACGAGCCAGAUUCGAUAUACUGCUUGAGUAAUACACAAGUCUCUGACGACUACUACGAGAAGAAUAACAGCUGUGUAGAGAGUACAGUGGAAGGCAAUAAAAACCGAGAAGUAAAUUCUGGUUUUGAAAUAUUCGAACACUCAAAAGAAUUGAGCAUGAAUGAUCCCAGCGAUUUCAAAAAUGCUAAACCAAAAAUGAUUCUUAAAAGUUCAGCGUCGACUGAAUCGCCUACUAUCGACAGUAAAGGUGUAAUUUCAUACCAUUUUGAAAAAAUAAAGGAACGACAAUUGCACGUGGAAGACAAGCCAUGUGUUUCGUCACAUACAACCAAAAAUGAUAUAAUGAAUGAAAUUGAAAAAGAAUACAAAAAGUACGACGUAAUGCUUGCUUCGGAAAAAGAACACCUGAUCGAACAAUUUAAAUGUAAUGCCGAUGAAUUAAAAAAAUAUCAUCAACUUGAAUUGGGCAAGAUGGAACGAUAUUAUGGGGAACAGAAUCUAAAAGAAAUUGAAGCGUAUAAGAAUACACUCAAACAUAAUUUCGACCUAACAGUAAAUUCGCUUUCAAAUGAACACCGGGAAAAAAUGGCAACACUGCAAAAGAAUCACGACGAAAUUUUACACGAUCUUGAACGUGAUUUAAAAUUGGAAGAAGAACUCAUUAAAAAAGAACACACAAAAAUGUUAACAGAUAUGAAGCUAAAGUUAUGCCACGAGCUUGAAUUAGAAAAACAGAGGAUGCGAGAAAUGGGUGAAGAUCGUUUGUACGAAAAAAUCCGUUGCGAAAAACGUCUUCUUGAAGACAAGUAUAAGUGCUUGAAGGAUAAGUACAUUCGCUUAAAGUCGGAUUUGCGCAUCUCAUUAGAACGACGAAAGAAACGACGAGAGAUGCAGCAGGACCCGCAACUAUAUCAAAACAUCCACAAUAAUGUAUUGCUCAGCAAAAGUUACGAGACGGACGAAAGAAGUUCUUCGAAUGCUGUUUCCAUAUAUCCAAACAGAAAUGGGAAAUCAACUUCCAGACCUGAGGUUGCAAUGACCGACAUAUUAUCUAGCAGCAAUGCAGCUGCUUUUUCCAUCUCGAAUAGCUAUUCAAAUAACAAAAAAACGGUGAGUGAUACAACAGGCAAGCAUGCAGCUUUGUUGGUGAAAACUAAUAAAAAUAAUAAUAAUAAUAAAAAUAAUAAUAAUAAUAAUAAUAAUAAUAAUAAUAAUAAUAAUAAUAAUAAUAAUAAUAAUAAUAAUAAUAAUAAUAAUAGUAAUAACAAUAAAAAUAAUAAUAAUAUACAAUGCAGUUAUCAUCAUAGCAUCAACAAUAAUGACAGUAAAACUGAUUCAUUCAGUAUUGAGGAGACGAGUCGAAGCGAAAGAACGAUUUCAAAACAAUGUUUACAGUUACGCAAAAUCUUCGAAAAUGAGCAGAGAGAUGAUAAUUUAAAUUUCCAAUAUGAUAAUCAUACAUCUAACGAAAAAAAUACCACAUUAACUAACGAAAGCGUAGUAAAAGGAUUGGAAACAUCGAUUAGCCAAACGCACCAAACCAAACUAAAACGCAAUAUCUCCAGACAAACUAAUUCUACUUCAACCUGCAAGAUGAAUUCAACACAGGAGUGUGCUAGUCGAAGGAGCAAAUGCACACCGCUGGAAUGUUUACGGAUUCAGUUCGAAAAAUUGGAAGAACUUGAAGAUCAAAUACCAGAGAGCAGUUAUGAUGCACCCUACCAUUUGCGAUAUCCAUUCGUCAAUAAGCACGUUGAAAACAAUGAUUCGCAUUGUCAUGAUGAGGAGUGUUUUACUGAGAAAAAUGUAGAUCAGCACACAAAUAAUGAUAUGAGCAGCGAGUUGGAAUUUUUCAAACAUCGCAUUCAUCUCGAGCGUGACUCGGUUAUGCGCGCAAAAGAAUCUUUGAAAAUGCAAAAGGAAUGUUUUUUAGUUAAAAAGAAAAACAUGUUGAUAAAACAUGCAAUAGAAAACGAACAAAAUGUCGAUGAUAUCCUUAAGGAGCAGGAGAAACUAAUUGAAAUGGAAAUUUCAUUGCAUCGCACUCGGACAUUACUUAGCGAGAAAGUUAUUCGAUUGCGCCAUUUGGAAAGAUCAUUUAAUUAUUUGACGGAGAAAAAAGAUCCGUUUCGAAAAGAAAUUUCUGUCAAUGAAAAAAGCAUAGACACAAUAAGCGAUCACUCGUCUUAUUCAAGCUCUAGUAUUACUGAUGCAACAGGUUUGACCAAACAUCUCACAACAAAACCAAUGAUGUCUAUGAAGACAUUUUCCCAAUCCGAGUAUUCGAUGUAUUUAGAACAUUUGCACACAGAGAUACUAGACAUCUGGCGAUUGCUAAAUAGUUUUGAAGAAGUGAGGAACACACACCAAUCGACUGAAACUACUGCACCUUUCAUGCAUAAACAGUCUUCGACCCUAAUGGAAGCAUUAGGUUGUAACCUUAUCGUGAACAUGCAACACCAACAAUAUCAACCAACAUUGAGUCUAUUGGAAAAAACACGGGACCUAAAAAGGUGGCUUCGACAAGCAAAAAAAGAGCACGAAAUGAUUAAAAUGAAAUCUUCCGUGUGAUGCAAAUGAAAUAAUAAUGUUAACCUACAGUAGUGGUCGAUAAAUUAGCAGCGCUAGUACGUUAAGCUAACUUACGUCCUGUACUCGCUCAAAUUUGUUUUUAAUCAAACUUUAAAACAUAUUUUAGUACUGGAAUCUAGAGAAGCCAGAUCUGGCUUUGGUAUUUCUUAGGAU